CACCUCAUGGCAGCUUUCAACCUCACCCCCUCUGACCCUUCAACAUUCAUCUUAAUGGGCAUCCCUGGCCUGGAAGCUGCUCACAUCUGGAUUUCCAUCCCUUUCUCUAUGUUCUACAUUAUCGGCCUGUUGGGAAAUUUCACUGUUCUGUUUGUUAUAGGCAAAGAGCAGACCCUGCACAAGCCGAUGUACCUGCUGCUCUGCAUGCUGGCGCUCACAGAAAUCAGCAUAUCUACCUCUGUCGUGCCAAAGGCAGUGUGUAUAUUUUGCUUCAAUUUUAAGGGCAUUACUGUGGGUGGCUGCCUCGCCCAGAUGUUCUUCCUUCAUGCGGGCUCUAUGAUGCACUCAGCUGUCCUCGUGACAAUGGCCUUCGAUCGCUAUGUUGCCAUAUGUAAACCUCUGAGAUAUACCACCAUCCUCACCAAUGCACGAAUAGCUAUGCUAGGGCUCGUGGGUUUGAUAAGAGCUGUUCUCUUCAUUCUGCCCAUGCCCCUGCUCCUGAUCAGGCAGCCAUUCUGUGUCAACCACAUUAUUCCCCAUACGUACUGCGACCACAUGGCUAUAGCAAAGAUGUCAUGUGGGGACAUCACAGUCAAUAGGCUGUAUGGCUUGGUGGUAGCCUUUGUCUUCAUUGGGUCAGACCUAAUGCUCAUUGCCCUGUCCUAUGGUCUGAUCAUCAGGGCUGUCCUCAGGAUCUCCUCUAAGAAAGCCCACCAGAAAGCCCUCAACACCUGCACUGCCCACAUCUGUGUGAUGUUGAUGUCUUAUCCUUUCUUCUUCUUCUCCACUCUGACACAUCGGUUCGGUCAGGGCAUCGCUCCCUACGUUCACAUCAUAUUGGCCAACCUCUAUUGCCUAAUCCCCCCCAUGCUGAACCCUAUCAUUUAUGGGGCCAAAACCAAAGAGCUUUGUGACAAAGUGGGCAAAUACACCUGUAUAAGGUGA